AUGUCGAGUGAGACAGCAGUCAUUACCCGGCCUCGGUCGGCCCAUACAGUCAGCCAUGAGCUCAACACCUUCAAUCAGUCUCGAGAUAACAGGCCUGCCUCAGAAGUGCAACAACAAUCGGAACCAAUAAUUCCCAAGUUCCAAGUUCUUGCAGCCGGCUUCUCGUUCUUUUGCGCUGGUGUUGACGGCGCCACUCUUGGACCUCUCCUCCCAUACAUCAUCCAGUCAUUCACCAUUAAUGAAGGUGAGGUAGCCAUCAUCUAUGCGUGCAUCUUUGCAGGAUGGGUCAUCGCCGCAGUGACAAAUCUCUUCUUCGCCACGAAGCUCUCCUUCUCCGCCCUCUUGACGCUUGGCGCCACUCUUCAGCUUGUAGCACAAUGUCUGCGCCCGUGGGCUUCUCAGCCAAUAUUCUUCAUAAGCUUUGUGAUACAAGCUGUCGGCAUGGGAUAUCAAGACACACAUGCCAAUGCUUGGGCAAGUGGAUUGUCAAAUGCUCACCGCUGCCUCGGCUUUAUACAUGCCAUGUUUGCACUGGGCUGCCUCGUUGGACCUUUGGCUGCGACAGCAAUCGCAACAGCAACGGGAUCAGGUCAUUCCAAGACGAAUGGUAUUGAGGCCUGGAGGAUGGGUUACUUUCAGCUCAUUGGUAUUCAUGCUCUCAAUCUUAUCUGUAUGCUGGUUGCUUUUGGUAACCCACUAAGACAAUGGAAAACACCCGAGACUGCAGUACCUCAAGCUCCUGCUAUCGCUACUGCCGACCCAGACGUUAUCCAACGGCGACGAAAUAAAGAGGCUAUCCGGGAUAUACGACAGCUCCUCAAAAUGAAGAACUUCUGGUUGAUUGGCGGCUUCUAUCUGUUCAACUGCGGCGCAUGGUCGGCUGCCGGAGGCUGGGUUGUAGAGUAUCUUGUGGCUCAUCGCGACGGAGCUCUUGAAAAGGUUGGCUAUGUGCCCACAGGUUUCUGGGCAGGCCUAUUUCUCGGUCGCAUACUCUUGGCCGAGCCGACACAUCGCUUUGGCGAGCAAAGAUCAAUCAUGUGUCUCAGCGUCGUGUGUUUGAUGUUUCAUCUCUUAUUUUGGCUUGUUCCAAACCUUGUUGCGAGCGCGGUCGCUUUCUCAUUCAUGGGCUUCUUUUUUGGCCCUUUCUUUGCAACUGGUAUGAGUGUUGCAUCAAGAAUGUUUCCUCGCAAGAUUCAGUCCAUGGCUUUGGGCCUCGUUUUCGUACUUGCCCAGGCAGGGGCGGCCAUAUUUCCCUCCAUUACCGGACUUAUCGCGACGAGAGCCGGAGUGCAAGUGCUACAGCCAGUGAUCUUGGGCCUCAUUGUGGGCGGCGCCAUCUGUUGGUGGUUGAUCCCGAGAAUACCGGAGCGUAUGGACGAAUCUUUAGAUUAG